AUGGCUCCACAACAGAAGGACGCCAAAAUGGAUGCUGGACAGAAAUCACAACUGUCCACAGGAAGACGCCCUGACAUCAUCGGGGACGUGAGUGUCGCCCUUCCGGAUCUGACUCCGGAACAAAUUGCCCAGCGUCAAGCCGGUUUGCUACAAUCGAAAUGGGCGUCGCCAGUAGACGAGUACCAUGGACAAUGGGAAAACAUGCUGGCGACAAAACGGGGGCUGUCUUCAAGCCAAAACACCAAGACAGCAGUACCUGCAGCCACGUCGGGGCCACAGCGACAAGCAACGGCUCCGACCGACAAGCCCACUGCAGGGAAGCAGGAGUCGAAGGGCAAAGCAAGAGAUACAACGCAAACUUCGACUCCCCCCAAAAGACUUGACGCGGCGGACGGCGGCAGCAAACCUUCUGCACAGAAGGCUUCGUCGGGCAAGCCUCUCAGCAUUCCACCUAAGCCAGUCAACAAGGCCGCAGGUGAAGGCCCUUCGAACAGCCGUCGUUCGCCGCCUGUUAUGAGCCAACAGGCAAAACAAACCUCCACCCCUCCUCCGGCCAGCGCAAACGACAACAGCAACGCCAACUCCGAGGCCUCCAAGAAGAGGCGCCGACGAGGAGGGAAGGGAAAGGGCAAAGCCGCCAACGAGGCUGUACCAGCCGUUGCCCCUACCCAGGGCCAAAGUACCUUCAACAAGCCAAGUCCAGCGAAGGGAAACGGCCCAAAACAACAAGAGUCUGCUGCUGGUGGUGCCGACAAGAACACUGGCAAACCAACCACAGCCAGUGCACCACCAAAGACGCCAGCAUCUACUGGCGCAGCUAGAAAUGCAGCAGACUCGAAACUUGCACAGCCAGCGUCGACUCAGUCCCCUGCUCAGCCAAAACAGCAGCAGCAGCAGGGUGCAGUCAGAGGGAACGGACAACAGGCGCCUCAACACCCAGGUGCCGCGAAGGGCAGCUCGACAAAGCCCGUCGCCAACGUUCCCAGAGUCGACGAGACCACUGGCAAGGACCGCAAGGUCGCAGGGACGCAAGCCAACCAACAGCGUCCCCCUGUGCAAGCCCGCUUCGGUUCUCCGGCUCCGGCUGGAGGUGCCUCGACCACAGGGGUUGAGGAAAGAAGCAAAGCUGUGCAGCAACCCGCCACUGGGCCCAUCGGUGGUUUUGCGGUAACUGCACAGAACGCACCCGUCCGUCUCGGCUGGUCACCAAAUGAGACGGGUGAUGUACGUGCCCGGAGGUCCGGGGCUCCCAUGCCCCGUCUCGCAUCCGGUUGGGAAGGGUAUCAGGACAGAAUCAACGUCUCUGUAGCAAUCCAGGAUAUCUACCUGUAUGCUGGAGACAGGUUGGACGUUGAGAAGUUCAAUGCCUACGUUGCAAGCCCCUGCCAUUCGGUAGAGGCUAAGGUCAACUGUCUCAAAGAGAUAGUCGUCACGAUGGAUCGAGUUGUGUCGGAGAAGCACAACUCGGCUAUGUCCAUCAAAGCGGAACGUGACGCCUUCCGCGACGACUUUGACCGAGCCAAGGCUCAAGCCGAUGAGUGUGCUGAGAGACUCUCGGCUGAGCAGGCGCAACGAGAGUUGCUGGAGCAGCAGAUCGAGGCCAUGCGGCACUCCGCGGUCGAUCUCCGCAAGGAGGUCGUCACCAAGGAGUCUCACAUUGGCUCCGCUGAAGGCGAGAUCACUCGCCUCAGCAACGAUCUUGCUGUGAGCCAUAGCGCUCUGGACAAGGCCGUCUCGAAGAACGCAGCUUACGCUGCAGAGACGGCCUCCCAACUGGAGCAGAUAGUUUCCCUCCAAGGCGAGGUGGAGAAACUGUCUGGCGAGCUCAGUGGCCUCCGGGCCAAAGCCGCCCUCGCCAACACGGAGUGCAAGGCGUUGAAGGAGGAGAUUGCCAAAAGCCCCUUGCAGAGCGAAAACGAGCAGCUACGGUCCCAGCUUCUCGAAGUUCGGGACCAGCUCGCCUCUGCAAACCAGACCGUCCAGGAUCUGGAGGAUGAGCGGCAGGCUCACAUCUGCUGCCAGCCUUGGGAUAGUGGCAAUCCAACCUCCGUCACGCUGAGCGCGGAGUUGGGAGGGCAGGAGGUUGGACAGGACAACCACGACCUGUCGGACGAACAGGAUGGUCCCAGCGAGUACAGCGGAAGACCAUCCCCACCAGCUUCCAGUGCUUCUCUGUACGGUGGAGGCAACGCCGUCUCCAUGUCUACCCAGACGGAAGAGGUGGAAGUCAUUGAGACUUUCACACAGACCGAAGAAGUGGUCGCCUCUCAAGUCGAGGCAUUUACGCAGACCGUCUCUGCGGAAGUCGUUUCGUCUUCCACCCAGACUGGUUUCGCGGGUGCCUCGAUGCGCGAGGCCUCCACCCAAACGGCCUUGGUCGGUGAUGUCCUAUCACUUGCUGAGGUGGAAGCGAGAGUUGCUGGCGCCCGACAAUCGGCGGAAACGAGGGACGCCCAUGUGCAGACAGACAUGGUGGCCGAAGUCCCUAGACGCGGACGCGGAUGGCGAGGUGUAUUCCUUGCCCUGCUGAUGCUUGCCUGGGCGGCCAUUCUCCUGUGGGGUGUCGAAGGUGAGAGGCAUGCUUGGGAUGCUGCCAAUGACAUGUCUCGUACCUCUGUCAUCGGAAUUCGCUCCCAGUAUGUCUUUCCUUGGUCACUAUUGACAGAGAAGCUCAGCUUCUCCGUCACCCAGCACUUUGACCGGGUUGUCCCUGGGUGA